ACUGUAGCUAGGUUUCGUUUCUCUGGCUUUGAGCUUCCGCCCGGACUUUCCAGUGACUAUCUCCUGGCAGUCUUCUAUGAGGACACCCCAUCAGCUGGCCGCCACAAGAGAGCUGCCUUCUCCUCUCUACAGGAUAUCUAACGGGGUAAGGAAAGAUGGGCACCGAGGGAAAGGAACGUCUGAAGCUCUUCAGUGAAUACAUUGUGAAAAUCCUGCAACCCUCAUACGUGCUGAGAAGCAUGAGCCCCUGGAUGUCAGAAGAUGCCAUUCAGCAGAUAUGGGCAGAAGAGGGGAAGGGAUCUAUUGCUGCUGCCAAGAUGUUUGUGGAGAAAUUACUCGAACUGGAAACUGAAGGAUGGUACCAAGGGUUUAUAGAUGUGCUCAAUACAGUAGGAUAUACAGGACUUUCAGAAGCCAUUCAAAAAUCGGACUUUACCAGUAUUCAAAGCUUAGAGGAGUACAGGAAACGCCUGUCCAUCAUCAGCAAUAUUGUUAAAAGUAAUAUCAGAACUGAUGAGAUUGUAAAUGACCUUUCUGAUUGCCUCCUCCAACGAGAGAUUGAAGAGAUUAAAGAGGAAACCAGGCUGAAGGGGCUUACAGCUGGCGCAGAAAAGCUUAUUGUAUGCCUCUUACGAUCAGAUAAAAAAGAGUGGCCGAAACUGUUCACUUUGGCUUUGGAAAAAGGAGAUCACUAUCAUGUCCUUGAUGUUUGGAGCGGUGAUCAAGGUUGUUCCAGUAAAACAGAUGAACCUAUUGAAGAUUCGGGAGAAGAAAGUAGCGUUUUUACGGUCCAGUUCACAGAAGAGCCAGUGCUCGAAGACAAUCUUCAGUCAGCUUAUCCAGUGCUGGCCAAUGGCAGUGAAGCUGCAUGUCCUCAAGUGUCAAGUUCCACCCAGAGAUCAAUUAAAGAUUUGAAGCUGAGACAUUACCAGAAAGAAUUGGCCCAGCCGGCAUACAGUGGCAAGAAUACAAUCAUAUGUGCUCCAACAGGGUCAGGGAAGACAUUUGUGGCUUUAUCCAUUUGUGACCAUCAUCUAAAAUCUUUGCCAAAAGGACAGAAAGGAAAGAUUGUGUUUAUGGCUACUAAGGUUCCUGUGUAUGAGCAACAGAAGGAUGUUUUCUGCAAAUACUUUGAGAACACCGGAUAUAAUGUUGUGGGCUUCUCCGGAGAAGAAACUGAAAAUGCUCCUGUGGGAAUGAUUAUGGAAGAUAGUGACAUCAUCAUUCUGACUCCUCAGAUCCUUGUCAACUGUCUAAAUGACGGAUGCGUGCCCUCGCUUUCCAUAUUUACCUUGAUGAUUUUUGAUGAAUGUCACAAUACGAUAGGUCAUCACCCCUACAAUGUAUUAAUGUUUCACUAUCUUGACCUGAAGCUAGGCUGCCCGGAUCAAAAGCUUCCUCAGAUAAUUGGAUUAACCGCCUCGGUUGGCACGGGAAAGUCACGCUGUACGCGGGAUGCUGUGAUCCAUGUUAGUAAGCUUUGUGCUAGUUUGGACAUUGAAGAAAUAUCUACUGUCAAAUCAAAUGUGGACGAGCUGCAGAGGGUCGUAUAUAAGCCAAUGAAGCUCAUCCACGAGACAAAGCAGCGGGAACAUGACCCAUUCGCGGAGGUUGUAAGGAAAAUCAUGGCAGAAAUAGAAGAGAUGGCAAAAUUGGUUUUUCCUCCUAUUGAAAAAUUAUCAAAUAUCCAGAAUCGGCCGUAUGGAACUCAGCAAUACGAGCAGUGGAUUGUUGACACCCAGAAGAAAUGUCACAUACUGCAAAUGGAAGAUAAGUUGAUGGAGAGCCGCAUCUGUAGUGCGUUGUUUACGUACACUGAACAUUUAAGGAAAUUUAACGACUCCCUUAUAAUUAACAAUGAUGCUCGUACAAAAGAUGCCGUGGAGUUCUUGGAAAACUUUUUCAUAAAUAUCAAAAACGGGACUUUUACUGAAAUUGAACAGGAACUGGCAAAAAAGUUUGAAGCUAAAUUGCCAUUGUUGAUAAACAUUUCUAAAGAUAAUGAAAACCCAAAGCUAGAUGAACUGCUGUUUAUCUUAGUUGAAUCCUACCAAGACGAUCCAGAGACCCGCACCCUUCUCUUUGUGAACACCAGGGCAUUAGUGGUGGCUUUAAAGAACUGGAUUGAUGAAACUCCAGAACUCAGCUUCUUGAAGCCAGAAAUCUUGAUUGGAAGGAACAGAAGACAUGAUAAACUAGGGAUGUCCCUUUCCAGUCAGAAAGGAGCUCUGGAAACAUUUAGAAACUCUGGAGAGAGCAAAUUACUGAUCGCUACGUCAGUGGCUGAUGAAGGCAUAGAUAUACCUGCAUGUAACCUGGUUCUUUUGUAUGAGUAUGUUGGCAAUGUCACCAAGAUGAUCCAAGUCAGAGGUCGAGGCAGAGCAAAGGACAGCAAGUGCUUUCUAAUCACAAGUAAGAGAGAGCAGACUGUUAGAGAAAAAAAUAACGUAUUAUGUGAGAAUAUGAUGAACGAAGCUGUUGCCCAAGUGCAAAAAGAGGACAAGGAAGACUUUCUAAAACAGAGUCUUCAAUUCCAAAGAGAAGAAAAGAGACAGCGAGAUUUCAAAAAGAAUAUUAAACCAAGAGAACUCGGUGAAGAAAACAAACGACUGCUCUGUGUAAAGUGCAAGCAGUUUGGGUGUAAUACAGAUGACAUUAGAACUAUACAGAUUUCCCAUCACACAGUGAUCGAUAAAGACUUUAAAGAUCGGUAUAUUACAAAGCCGCAUUCAAAUCCGAAGACGUUUUCUGGCUACAAGAAAUUGCACAAAAUAUACUGCAAAAAUCCUGACUGUGGAGAGGACUGGGGGAUCUCAGGUACCUACCUGGGAUUUCAUGACAUUCCACUCAUCAAAAUUGAAAAGUUUGUGGUAGAAAAUGCUAGUGGAUCUCGGGAGUACUUCAACAAGUGGGUAAAAGUCAACUUUAGAAUGAAGGAAUUUAAUUCAGAAGAAAUAAACGAGCCAUUCUCUGCUAACCUAGAGUAAACACAAAACGGAACUUUUUUUCUUUUGUUUUAACUGCAUGCACUUUUUAAAAUAGCAGUAAAAAAAUUAAAUCAGAGAUGUCAUCUAAGUCUGUAACUUGGACAGUUAUAUCCCAAUUCUACCACAAUCUCCUCACAAAUGGCGGAGAUGGUGGAAACCUCUUUUUAUCCACUAAACCCCAUUGUGUGAAGGACGAGCAGAGUACGAGCACUGACGUGAUGCAGGCAGCCAGAGUCCUCUAAGGAUAAGCCAUCAAUAGCCCCAGAAAAGCCCUUUUAGGGCAUGUCCACUGCAUGUGAGUGGGGCUCUUGCACAUGGCCGUUGAUGUUUUUGCGGUCUGCAAAACGGGGAUACCGGCCGUGUGCAUUCUGCAUUUUCCCUGCGAAGGACUGUCCUAUCCUUGUCCGCAAAACAGACAAGAAUAGGACAUGUUAAAUUUUUUUUACGUGGCCAUCUGCUGUCUGCAUCUUUUGCGUUUGCGGCCCCAUUGAAGUGAAUGGAGCCGCAAAAAAUGUAGAUCAGAUGCUGACAAAUACCAUGGUCGUGUGCAUCAGCCCUUAUAGUGAAUGCCUGCCUUUUAUCAUGUGCUCAUUCAUUUCUUUUGCGAAGUUCACAUGUUGGAAAUACACGUUGGAAAAAUCUGGUAUUUGCUGGGAUAUCCAUGGCAGAAACAAGCGACUGACCUAUAGAUGUCUAGUGCGGUAUUGCAGUUGUAAAUGACAUGGACCACACUCAUUCAAUGCGGCUAUACAUUACGUGGCCAACCACUACUGUUUCCACGUUAAAUUCGGGCAAGAAGUGACAUGUCAUGUUUUCCAUGACACUGAUUUCAAAUCCUCCAAUGGAAAAUCCACUACAGAUAAACUACUGCGCAAUUCUAUUUAAAUCAAUGAGUUGCUAAUACUAAUAUUUUUUACAGGACUUCAGCACAGAAAAUGUCCCAAAAUCAACCUUAAAAAACACUUUGUGAACAUACCCUUAUUAGAUCUGAGGGCUAAUUUCACACACAUGAACAUCUGUGUUUUUGAUAGCAUUUUUUCAUUUUUUAUUACUUGUUCAAAAGCACUGUGGGCAGAUGUUAAAAAGAACGUGUGACCAUAAAUGAAAUGUUAUAGAGCAGGAGGUGCUGAACAGAUUAAAAUAUAGUUUUAUGGUAUAUAUGUAUUUCAAAAUAAAGUGGUCUUAAAAGGCAGAAAAAGUUUAAAACCCCAUAUGCUGUUGUGCAUUUCUUACCCCGGGUUAGAAAUGCACAACAGCAUAUGGGGUUUUAUGCAUUUUCUGCCUUUUAAAGGGGUUGUCCGGGUUCAGAGCUGAACCCGGACAUACCCUUAUUUUCACCCCGGCAGCCCCCCUGAGCCUGGCAUCGGAGCAUCUCAUGCUCCGAUGCGCUCCCGUGCCUUGCGCUAAAUCGCACGGGCACCGGCUCUUUUGUUUUCAAUAACACACUGCCAGGCGGUAACUUCCGCCCAGCAGUGGGUUCGGGGACGUCACCGGCUCUGAGGGGCGGGCUUUAGCUCUG